GCGCUACCAAUGUCGAAUGCGAUUGAAUAUAAAGCAAACUAUCAUCUUCAGAAUCUGUCUCAGAUAUUGAAUGGCGGAGAACAAGGACCUCGAAGCCGCCAUCAGAAGGCUCGCCUCUGUCAAGAAUCACCUCCUUUCCGCCCCCGCAGCUUCCCCUGAACUUACCUUGGCCCACACUUCCGCUACAAACAACAGCUUCGGCCGCGUUCACGGCCACGUCCCCUCUCACGACGUCGUUUGGAGGAUCGCUUCCGAUGAUUUCACAGAUAUUGUGUACGAGAAGGCCGUUGGGGAAGGAAUUGCCAAGAUAAGUAUUAAUAGGCCAGAGAGAAGGAACGCGUUCCGUCCCAAAACGGUGAAGGAGCUCAUGAGUGCUUUCACUGACGCCAGGGAUGAUUCUUCUAUUGGGGUCGUCAUUCUCACUGGCAAGGGAACCAAGGCAUUUUGUAGUGGUGGUGACCAGGCUUUGAGGACUGACGAUGGCUAUUCUGAUGAUGGAAGUUUUAGCAACCUUAAUGUGUUAGACUUGCAGGUGCAGAUACGCCGCCUCCCUAAGCCAGUGAUUGCAAUGGUAGCAGGAUAUGCUGUUGGUGGAGGGCAUAUAUUACAUAUGGUCUGUGAUCUAACUAUUGCAGCAGAUAAUGCUAUCUUUGGCCAAACUGGUCCUAAGGUAGGAAGCUUUGAUGCUGGUUAUGGAAGUUCUAUCAUGUCUCGUUUGGUAGGUCCAAAAAAAGCGCGUGAAAUGUGGUUCCUCACAAGGCUCUAUGAUGCUGUUGAAGCAGAGAAAAUGGGCCUUGUCAACACUGUUGUACCUCUUGAGAAUUUGGAGAUAGAAACGAUAAAAUGGUGUCGGGAGAUACUGAGUAACAGUCCAACUGCUAUUCGGGUGCUCAAGUCUGCUCUUAAUGCAGUGGAUGAUGGACAUUCUGGACUUCAGGAACUCGGGGGAAAUGCAACACUGAUAUACUAUGGCACGGAGGAAGCUAAAGAAGGGAAGACUGCAUAUUUGCAACGUAGACGCCCUGAUUUUUCUAAGUUCAAACGGCGACCUUAAAUGUUUGUCAAUUGUUUCCAUCAAUUUGAGGCAUUUGAGGCAUGGACCUCUAGUCCUUAAUUUACCUUGUCCUUAAUGUACCCAUUUUAAAUGUAUCUGUGAGGUUGAUGAUGAUAAAAUAAACAGAUUUCUCAGAUUUAACUGUUGUGUCCUGUUUCUUAAAAAGAUUAUCAGCUUCAGUAAACAAGACAGCAGAAUAUACAUUUCCGCUUAUUUUCUCAAAA